AUGGGGUAUCCUAGAUCGCAUGUGUAUCUCUUCUUUUGGAUCUUUGGUCUAAUAAAUAAUGUGCUAUAUGUUGUGAUUCUAUCUGCUGCUGCGGAUAUAGUGGGACCGAAACUACCAAAAUCACUGGUUCUGUUGGCUGAUAUUCUGCCAGCAUUUAUAGUCAAGUUAAUCGCACCUUUCUUCAUGCACCGAUUAAGUUACUCGCGCAGAAUUGUGUCACUAAUAGUCCUGAGCUGCGUGGGAAUGUUUUUGGUAUCCUAUGGUAAACUAUCGGUCUGUCUAGUUGGUAUAGUGCUGGCCUCUAUAUCUUCAGGUUUUGGAGAAGUAACAUUCCUGCAAUUAACACAUUAUUACAAAGAGGUUGCUUUAAAUGGUUGGUCAUCUGGUACCGGAGGUGCUGGAUUGUUUGGAAGCGGAAUCUAUAUGCUCUUCACAUCUAUACUGAAUAUUCCGGUCUCCAUUUCCUUGCUGUGCUUCAGUGUACUACCAUUAGGUUUCCUUCUCUACUAUAAGCUCGAUCAAAGUUCGCAAGAAAUGGAUCCUUCCAGUGCUGCACCAUUCUUAGGAGAUACGCAGGAAGAAAUUGACGCUCUCGUACUUGCACCGCCAAGUAGCACAUCAGCAGUUGUUAAAGAAGAUCUCUUGGUCGACAUGAAAGGCAAUUUCUUUGAGACUUGCUCCAGGUUGAAAGAGCUCAUUGUUCCCUAUAUGCUGCCAUUGACCACCGUGUAUCUUUUUGAGUAUCUGAUCAAUCAAGCAGUAGCUCCAACACUAUUAUUUCCUCUGGAUCAGAAACGCAUGCCUUUCUUCUUCCACAGAUAUAGAGACAUCUACGUCACGUAUGGGACGUUAUACCAGCUUGGCGUGUUUGUAUCUCGAUCUACAGCACAUUUGAUAAGAAUGAAGAAGCUGUACUUGUUGUCAUCCCUCCAAGGCCUUAACUUUAUCCUCGUAUGCUUGCAGUCAUUACUCUACAUCGUUUCGUCCCCUUGGCCCAUUAUGCUGCUGGUAUUUUAUGAGGGUUUUCUAGGGGGAGCUGCUUAUGUCAAUACCUUUCUAAAUGUCUUGGCUGAUGAAGCACCGGAGAAGAGAGAAUUCACCCUUGGCACUGUCUCAAUAGCAGAUUCAUUCGGAGUUCUUAUAGCCGCCCUUAUAGGACUGAAACUUGAACCAACUUUGUGUAGUCACCAAGUUGCCGAUGGGAGACCAUGGUGUACAAUGGAAUGA